UGUCAAAGGCGCACUAGUUAACGGGCGGUGCAUCGUCCCUUUUUUGCGCAUUGAUUCGGGCGUGUAAGCAGGCUCGGCUUGUCAGUCACACUUUGAACGGCGCUGUGGCGCUCAUGACCAUCACCGGAACCGCCAGCGACAGCACCAGCAACAGCACCAGCGGCUCGCCCUACUCCUUCCUCCACCCACUGACCGCCGAAGGAGCCACACGGAGGGAUUAAGGUUGAGGAUGAACGCUUGCUGAGGGGCAGCCACACAAAGCCGAGGGCGACAUAAACAUUCGCCGGCGGGGGAGGGUACAGAGGAGCGAGACGACGAGCCGUUUCGCCGUUCGAGAGCUCGCCUCAAGUCGAGGAGGUGGGAGGACUUUGCCAUGGUCCGAUUCGGGGACGUCGUCGUAGCCCUGCUUCUUGUGGACUGUGCGGUGUCGCUGGACGUGCAGAUCACACCCAGUCAUGGUGAAAUCAGUCUCGGGGAGUCCAAAUUCUUCAUGUGCGAAGUUACCGGAGGGGCAAAGCACAUAGACUGGUUUGGACCAAACGGUGAAAGGAUAGAACCGACCAGACCGAACAUCAUGGUGACCCGAAACGAUGAGACGUCAUCCAUCCUGACGCUGUACCGAGCUGUGACAGAGAACGCCGGCACGUACAAGUGCCUUGCCACCAGUGGAGAUCAGCAGGGAGAGUCAACGGUUAACAUCAAAAUAUUCCAGAGAAUCACCUUUACAAAUGCGCCGUCACCGCAAGAGUUUACGGAAGGAGACACUGCAGUCAUCGUAUGUGAUGUCAUCAGUUCCCCUCCACCCACCAUCCUCUGGAAAUACAAAGGAGCUAGAAUUCAGAUGGAAAAAGACGUUCGCUUUAAGGUGCUGAGCAACAACCACCUUCAAAUCCGUGGCAUAAAGAAGACGGACGAGGGCUCAUACACAUGUGAGGGACGCCUGAUGGCCCGCGGAGAGAUUGAUUUACGGGUUAUCACGGUCGUCGUAAAUGUGCUCCCGACCAUCCGUGUAUGGCAGUCAGAGGUGAACGCCACAGCAGAUGUGGGCCAAUCUGCCAUGUUGACCUGUGCAGUUGAUGGUUAUCCUGAACCCAUGGUGACCUGGACAAGGAACCAAAUGGCUCUAGAGGCCGGAGAGAAGUACAGCUUCAACGAAGACGGUUCGGAGAUGUCCAUCAUGGACGUUACCAAGCUUGAUGAGGGCGAGUACACUUGCAUCGCCAAAAACAAGGCUGGGGAAACAGAGCAGGAGCUGAGUUUGAGAGUAUUUGUCAAACCCAAGAUCACAUACAUUGUAAACCAAAGCACAUCUGAAAUGGAGGAGCAGGUCAUGCUAACUUGUGAGGCUUCGGGGGAUCCGACGCCCACCAUCACAUGGAGCUAUGGGAACCGUGUCUUCACUGAUGGCGAGCAGGCACACCUAAACAGGAUCUAUCAGGCAUCAUGGACUCGUCCUGAGCAGCACAAGAGUGAGGAUGGGAAUGUAGUGGUGCGGAGCGACGCUCGCGUAUCCUCCCUCACGCUAAAGUACGUCAAGUACACCGACGCCGGCCAGUACCUAUGUUCGGCCCGCAGUGCCAUCGGUGAAGAUGAAAAGGAGGCAUAUCUGGAAGUCCACUACACUCCUAAAAUCCACGGCGAAGUGGCGGUGUACACCUGGGAGGGAAACGCUGUCAACAUCAGCUGUGAGGUGCAGGCUCACCCAAGCCAAGUUACUAUCGUGUGGCUGAGGGACGGACUGAUGCUGCCCAAUGCCAAUACAAGCAACGUCAAGAUCUUCAGAUCGCCCUUGGCCAGCUACCUCCAGGUGACGCCGGCGUCAGAGAAUGACUUUGGGAGUUACAACUGCACUGCUUCCAACGAGGUGGGCACAGAGGCCAAAGAGUUCGUCCUCAUUCAAGCCGAGGUCCCAUCAUCUCCAUUCAUCAAUGAGGUGUCACCAUUCUCCACCACUGCGCUGGUGCAGUUUGAGGAGCCGGAGUCCACCGGGGGUGUCCCUGUGCUCAAGUACAAAGCGGCAUGGAGGACGCAAGGCAGGGGCAGCUGGUCUCAGAGAAUCUAUGAGCUCAAAGAUGGUUCCAUUGGCGACUUGACGAUCACACACCUGCGGCCAGACACCACCUACGAAGUCAAGAUUUCUGCCAUCAACGGGAAGGGGGAAGGCGAAAGCUGCCCUGUGGAGCUCUUCAAAACGGAGCCUGUCCGAAAACCAAGUCCUCCCAAACUGGAAGCAGUGCUCCAGCCAAUAGGCAAUUCCCUGAAAGUCAGCUGGACCAAGCAAGAUGACGGCGGACUGCCCAUCAUCCAUUACCUUGUGCUCUUCAAACCAAAUCACUCGCCCCAGUGGAAACCCGAAAUUCGCAUGCCCAGUGUCAGCGACUACAUAUUCCUGAGCGGCCUGGAGUGGGAUACAGAGUACGACGUCUCCGUGGUGGCCGAGAACCAGAAGGGCAAAUCGCAACGGGCGAGCGUGUCCAUCAGGACGUCUGUGCAGCCGGCCGUCAUGCCAGACUUGGACGAGGACGCGGGCUUCCCCAUGGGCAUUAUGCUGUGGGCGGGCAUCCUGGUGGUGGCGUUCGUGCUGCUGCUCUUGGCUGUGGACGUCACGUGCUACUUUGUUAACAAGUGCGGCCUCAUCAUGUGCUUGUGCGGCAAGUCGGCCUCCGGCACCAAAGGCAAAGACUUGGAAGAGGGCAAGGCCGCAUUCAUUAAAGACGAGUCCAAAGAGCCCAUUGUGGAAGUCCGAACGGAUGACGAGUGCACGGCUAAUCACAACGCAGCAGGGCCAACGGAACCCAACGAAACCACACCCCUCACGGAGCCAGAGCUGGCGGCUUUCACUGCUGCCCUGGCACUGGACACGCUCUCCUCUGACACAGCCACAGCCACCAUUGACCCUGCACAGGACAGCCCCUCUAGCGAGACCACCAUUCUCACGUGUAGCCUCUCCACUCCGGCCAACGAUCCCUCGCCCACGCCCAUCCCGGCGCCCGCACCCAGCCCGGAGGCAAACGCGGCCCCUCCGACUCCCCCAGUUUGCAGGGCCGCUGUUGAGGCCAAGAUCGCGCCGUUAGUUGAGCAGAGGGGAGGCGAGUGGGUGGCGGAGGAAGAGGAGAACAAGAAGAGCGACGCUCCUCCAAGCACCCCUGAUCUGACUCAAAAACCCGGGACCCCCAUUCCACCCAAGCGCAGACACUCUCCUAAACUUGCUGCCCUGAGGGCUAAAGCUAGCCCGCCUGUAUCUCCGUUGGCCGCAGACCACCCUCUUACGCCAGACACCAAGGAAGGGGCUCCCACUCCGCCACUCAUUCCUAAAGACCCCAAUUCAAACAGCGCCUCUGACAAACCUGCCCAUCCGUCCUCCCCUCAUGACCCCCGGCCUAAUCCCCCAUUUUCAGCCAUCCGCAGUGCUCCAAAAAUGCCGGAUGCCGAAGAAUCACCCCCUGUAGUCCAGGACAUUCCCACGCCUGCUAGUGACCUCCUCACGUCACCGCCCCACAUGUACGACUUCCUCGCCCGCGACAUUUGCCUCAAUAACGCCACGUUUGACUUAGAGCUGAGUAAUGGCACGGAGAGACCCUCAGACAUCCCCGACGACCUCAUUAGCUUAGAGAGCCCGCCCUCUGCCCCAUCUCUGCCCAAUGGAGACGGAGCAGACGUCCCCCCCUCAGUGGACGGACCAGAGACUCUGGCCAAGAUCGCUCUUGCUGUCAACGAUGAGAAGAUUUUUUCAGACGGGAAGGGCAAAGCGGAGGAGGAGCUGUCCAACGCCCUGACGGAGAAGCCCGCCGAGCACAACAUUGUCAUGCAGACAAAAGCGGCGCAGAGCAAAGCAUGAAAAAAAAAAAAAAAAAAAAAAACUUAAAUCUUAAACAUUGUGCAACUGCGGGAAUUUUUAUUUCCAGUGCCCUUAACUACACACACAAAACUAGCAUACAGUUUCACCCCGAGGAGUUUAUCUUGCAGUCACCAGAUUUUUAUUUUUUUAAUUUUAUUUAACAGGACUAUAUGAAGACUCACCCAAGCAUUUGAUUAUCAUGAAAACUAAAAACACGUUCUUGGCAGUCUCCGUUUGGUAUUCCGUGUGUGUGAGACGUCCUUUUGUUUUCUCUGAGCUUUUCAUUCGUGUGCCGCUCUCGUUAGCUUGUUUGUGCAUGUUCGGCCUGCAGAUGGUUGCCCAAAGCUUUCUGGUUUCGCCUCACGGAUCGGACUCCCCCAAUCCUUCCCCCGACAACGCCCACGGAUCUCGCACCGGAUCGGGCCCAGUUUAAGCGAUUUUACACGCACCGCCGUUGCCUCACCAGCGUUCGUUAAGACAACAUACACAAAAAAGUGAAAAGGGAGGGGGGAAAAAAAAUUAAAACACCAUCAGGAGCGCUGAUCUUGUGAUCUACGAUAAAUAUUUUUAUUUGGCUUGUCUCUUCCUCGUGCAAAGCUAAAAAAAAAAAAAAUGUUUUUGUACUAUUUAAGAGUUCCAAAUACGUCCAUCUCUGCCUGCAAGCUUAUGCACUGUGCCUGUGUGUGUGUUGGUAGAACGUCCUGUCAGCAGUUUCAAUGAUAAUCUGUCAGAGAUCUAGCAUCUUGUUUUUAUAUAUGUAUAGAUAUUAUACUGUAUAUAUUAAAAUGUACUAUUACUGUCUGAAGAAGGUGGACUAAACGGACUAACACGGUCAUGAUAACAAUAACAGGUGUCGUAUUAUCAAAGCACAGCACUAUGUAUACAGUAUAAAGUCUUCUAAAAUCAGUGGUUUUUGUGAAGGCAGGCAUGAAUUCAUAACUACUAACGAGCAGGCACGUUGUUUGGGCAGCAAAUUCAUGUGUUGCUUCUUGCUGGUUUUCUUCAUUCUCUCCUUCAAGUGUUCUGUGACGUGCCCCCCCCCCCCCCUUCCUCACUUCAUGUCUUUUGUACAAACUGCUCAUCUGGAAGCAGAGUGGGCAAACAAAACUUUCACGCCAACCGGGAGACCGAAUUUCCCUUAAAAAAAAAAAAAGGAACCGCCAAUUAAUGAACGCCUCUCUUUUUUCCAUUAUGAAAAAGUAACAGCUAAAAAUGUCAUCAGCUCGGUUCACGGACGUUGUUGUUGAAUUUGCUAACCAAAACAGCCGCACCCACCGAGGCAUCAAACAGCCUCACGUUAAUACAUUUUUGUGUGUCUUUCACACCCUCUAUCGGUCCUAACUGGCGACCACUCAUUGACUGGUCUCCCAAAACCCCCCUCUGUAAAAAGAACAAAGGGAAUAACACGUUCCGAGACGCUAUCGUUCAAACAGAUCGCAAAGCCCGUUUUAACUUUAUGUUAACCAAAACAGGAGCACCUGCCGGGGUGCCGGCCCUUCGUCUAUCUCAAAAAGCAAACACCUCCUUCAAAUGAACACUUUGCUUUCCCAUUUCAAUUGGGUGGUCUUUUAUACUUUUUAGAUACAUUUCAAUUUCACUUGACACGUAUUGCGAAAUAUAUUUUUUUUUUCACACAAUUCCGCAAAUGAAGUGAAAGGCCUCACCCCCUAAUGAACUCCCUGACCAGUUAUUUGUCGAAACAUAGUCAAUUCGAUGAAAAAUGCUCAAACGAUCCUCCUGCUCUUUACAGACUGCCCCUCCCCCCCCCCCCUUUUUUUUUCUGAUCUAACGGGGUGGGGAAAAACUAGAUAAAUAUUUGCUGUGUACAGUCUUGAGUGCUAACCCAUUUUCAAAAUAAACAUUGUUUUUCAAUCACA